AUUAAGACUUAAAAGAUAACUCCAAAAGAAAAAUACAUGUUACCAAAGUCAAACUUUGAACCUAACCAAAGUAUUCAUCCAAUCAACAAUCAAUACCUACCUCCAUCCUCUUCAACUUCCAUGUUGUUUUGAUUAUUCCCCUCUCUCCCUUCAUCCAAACCCAUCUCUGAGAUGGUGCUUCAUCACAGAAAACUGUUAUCUGACUUUGACUGUGGAUUCAUCGGUCAAGUAGAACAGCCUUGUUCCUCAAACUGUGAUGAUUGCCUCGACCCCAAUAAAUAUAGCCCUCCAUUACCACCAACUGUUGAAGUUAAAGUUGAGCACACCAAACACAACAAAACUCCCACUUACUUGAUCAUAAGUUUUUCAAUUGUAGCAGCAAUUUUCCUUGUUCUCUGCCUCUAUGCCUUGUAUAUCAAGUUUUUCUCCAAUAGGAACAGGUCAACAAGGAGAACCUUAUUUACAAGACAACAAACAGAACAUGGUUUUGUUGUUGAUGAAGAACAUGAUGAUGGUUCUGUUGUGGACCACCCCAUAUGGUAUAUUCGCACCCCUGGUCUUCAACAAUCAAUUAUUAAUGCAAUCACUGUUAUUAAGUAUAAGAAAGGUGAAGGCUUGAUUGAUGGGUCAGAUUGUUCUGUUUGUUUGAGUGAGUUUCAAGAUGAUGAGGAUCUUAGACUUUUGCCAAAGUGUAACCAUGCUUUUCAUUUACCUUGUAUUGAUACUUGGCUUAGUUCACAUACUAAUUGUCCUAUGUGUAGAGCUCCUAUUGCUGUUGACCCUUUGGUUUUAAGGAUUCCAUCUUUGGAGCCUAAUAAUGUUUUUGGUUCAAAUUCUGUGGAAAAUUCUCAAAUUGAAGUUUUUGAAAAUAGUGAUAGUGUUGUUGAUCAUUUGAGAAAUGGAGAAGAGGAAGAAAGGGAAGAAGUGGUUGAGGAAGAUGAGAGUUCAGGUUUGGAGAUGGUAAACAUGCAGCCAAGAAGAUCAGUGUCUUUUGAUUCUUCUUCUGCUGCUAAGAUUAAUCUUGCUCUUUCAAGUGUUGUUUUGCCAGUGGAAUCUCAUAAGAAUUCAAAUAGGGAACAUGUGAAGAUUCAUAGUGCGCCUGAUUCAAUGAAAAGGUCAACAUCAUUCAAUGGAAAACACCAGAAGAAAUCAAAUGAUCCACUUAGAAGCUUUUGAUUGUUUUUAUGUGUGAGUUAAAUAAGUCAGUGUUAUGAUAAAGUGUAUAAUAUGCAAAACAAAAGGGCACAUUUAACAAAUUGAAGAUUAUUAUUCUUGCUAAGUUUUGCUUAGGUGCUAUGACUACACUACAUAUAACAUAAUCAUAACAAUGUAUGUAGAUUUUAUUAUU